AUGCAGACAGUCCAGCGGCAUGCCGCGCACACCAUCUUGAAAAGACGGGCACUGGGCCUGUCAAGCCGGCCGAGCACUGCACUUCGAUUAAGCUCUAUAAGAAGUCCAACCCCCCGGCAUUCGCAACUAGUCGGCGCACAACAACCUUUCAGCUCAUCCGCUAUCUUGUUCAAAAAGCAACCUCAGCAGCAGCCGCAGCAUCCGGAGGCCCCCGAUGGCGCACAGGAGCAGCUGGGCCGGAAGCCAUCACGGGCGUCAGUGGGAAAGACGUCCCUCAGAAGAGUAGCAGUGGAGGCAGAACGUUCAAGAGCAGGCUUCAUCAAGAGGGUUGGGAGGACCCGCUAUGUUGAUCCAGAGGUCGAAACGAAAACAAUCACCGCGUACUGCGCCGCAGAACAGUACAACGUCUCUGUUGUUGCCCGUCUGGUGGAGUCUCAUGGCUUCGUGCUCGAUCCAUACCAGACCGGGCUCUACCCGCAGGUUGUACACAUCCAGACAGCGAAUACGCCCUCUUUGGGCGCCGGGGACAUCUUCAUUUUCCCCUCUGGCACAGUGGUAGCAUGGAACACGCCUGAGAAGGUAGCCUUCCACCUGGUCACCAAGAUUCUCUCUCCCGCAGCAGAAGGCUCCCACCUGCACUUGGUCGAGACCGAGGACUUUGGCUACCUCGAGGACCCUCAGAAGGAAUGGAGUAGCAUCAUCGGCGACACCAUCAUCCUGGGCACGAAGUCUCCCGAUUCAUCCGAGCGCAACACCGAACCAACUCAAGACGACAACACCGCCAGCGCGAAACCCGAAGACAAGCCCCUACAAAACCGCGAAGUCGACACCAUCCUCGCCAAAAUCGCAUUUUCUUCUGGCCUCGCCCGCUCCACGAAGCUCGCUGUGCUCGAAACCCUCUUAAGCAGCUACUUCGACUCCACCCGCAGCAUCCCGACCAGUCUCUCGCGCGGCUCCCGCCUCCCCUUCACCCGCUCAUUCAUCCUGCGCAAAACAGGCGAGCUGCUCAGCAUCCGCGCGCAGCUGAAUCUUUACUCCGAGCUCACGGACUCACUCCCCGACCUCUUCUGGGACAGCCGGCAUGAGCUCGGAUUAGAGGGCUACUACGACGACGUGGGCCGUGCCCUGGAUGUCGGCGUGCGGAUCAAGACGCUCAAUGAGAAGAUGGACUAUGCGCAGGAGAUUGCCAGCGUGCUACGGGAGCGGCUGAGCGAGAAGCAUGGGCUGCUGUUGGAGUGGGGCAUCAUUGCGCUGAUCUCGAUUGAGGUUGCGUUCGAGUUGAGAAGGCUUUGGAAGGAGAGAAAGGAGCAUGAUGAUCCGGACAGCACGGAGAUGCUCCUGCGGAGGUUUCUCAAAGCCGCGAUUGCGAAGGGGGAAAGCACCUGA